AUGGACAUCUCCCGAGUUAUCAAACCCUGGAAGCUCAACCUUCAAAGAACUUUGGUCUUUGUGAACGCCACCAUUAUUGAUCCAACUGAGGGAAAGUUGAUCCAGUAUGCUACAGUCCGCAUUUCAGAAGGCAAGAUCAUUCAAAUCGCCACAGCCAACUCAACUACCGCUACAGGUGACCUUCCCGAAGAAAAUGUGAUUGACCUAAGCGGAAAAUACCUGUGCCCAGGCCUAAUCGAUUGCCAUGUCCACGUCGCAGUAGUUCCCGGUGAAGCCAAUCUACGAGCCUACAAAGACAUGAGCGAGCGGGUCAGUCUCCUGCGGCAGCCAUACGUGCUCAAAUCUAUGCUAGACCGCGGCUUCACUUCAAUCCGAGACUGUGGCGGCGCAAGUCUCGCAAUCAAAGAAGCCGUCGAGGACGGUGUGAUCCCAGGCCCUCGUCUCUUCAUCGCUGGACACGCACUCUCCCAAACCGGUGGACAUGGCGACUUGCGCGGAUCCCACGAUACCCAGCUCUGCUGUGGUGGCUCUAUCUCCGGAAUCAGCAGGAUCGUCGAUAGCCCAGCGGAGUGCUACAAGUAUGCACGCGAGGAGCUGCGCCAGGGAGCGGACUUUAUCAAGAUCAUGGGCGGAGGUGGCGUUGCUAGUCCCACCGACCGUAUCGAACAUGUGCAGUUCUCGGAUGAAGAGAUUAAGGCUAUUGUCACUGUUGCACGGAACGCGGGUACAUAUGUUACGAGUCAUAGCUACACACCGCAAGCGAUUCAACAGGCUAUCAAGCUUGGGGUGCGCGGUAUCGAGCACGGGAACCUUAUUGAUUUUGAGACGGCGGAGAUGAUGGCUAAGAUGGAUGUUUUCUUGACUCCGACGCUCAUUACGCAUGUCAUGUCUAAGCAGAUGGAUUUCCUGUCUGCUUAUGGCGCUGCCAAGAACGAGGAGGUUCUUGACAAGGGAUUGAAGUCUAUGAAGAUGGCUGUUGACAUGGGGGUGACCGUCUGCUUUGGAACUGAUCUUCUUGGUCCGAUGCAUUUUGCUCAGAGCAAGGAGUUCUCGGUGCGCAGUUCGGUUUUGACUCCAUUGCAGAUCCUGCGCAGUGCUACUGUCAACGCCGCUCGUCUUCUUAUGCAGGAGGAUAGGCUUGGUCAGGUUCAUGAGGGAUUUGUGGCAGACCUUUUGAUCUUGAACAAAAACCCGCUGGAGGAUAUCACCAUUCUGGAUCGAGUGGAGCACAUUCUGGCUGUGAUCAAAGAUGGAAGGGUUACCACUUCGCAGUGGGACAAAGUCAAGGUAGAUGUUUGA